GCGAGCUGGAGCCGGGUGCGGGCGGGUCGCGACAGCAGCAGCUGCGGGGCCGGGCAGAGGCCGGCGCGUCCCUGUGUGUCCCCGCACACGCCCCGGGAGCCGGCACGCAGGCGGGGCAGUGGCCGCCGCUAGUGCAAGAAGUGGAGAAACUACGAUUUCUAUAUUCUAAUCUUAUUCAGAUUUUUUUUUUUUUUGCACUGGGAGGUUGAAUAUUCUGUUUCUGGAGUCAUCAUAUAUCAGAAUUUUUGAAACUGUUUCCCAGUAGAUGAAUAUGGAGACACAGCUAGACCCCAUGAAGGAUGACUUGCCUUUAAUGGCAAAUACUAGCUACAUGCUUGUAAAGCACUAUGUAUUGGACUUGGAUGUGGAUUUUAAAAGUAAAGUUAUUGAGGGCAGCAUAGUUUUGUUCCUUGAGACGGGGAGCAAGUACAGGCAAACCAGCAUUGCUGGCAAAGAAUGCUGCCAGUCACAGUUUGAUGAAACCUGUAAAAUGAGGGUAUCUGAACCCUGCCAUGUUCCAGUGAUAAAUGUGAGUACCUGUUUAUCUAAAACGGAAUAUAGUGAUUUUGCUGUCAGUGGUAAAGAGGAGGAAGCUACUUCUGAUGAAAACAGUAACCAUAGCAACAGUGAACAGGCUUCUGGGAUUUCUAGUUCAAAGGACUGCUCUGACACAGAGAAUCAUGGAAACAAGGAUUUUCUCCUGGUAUUGGAUUGCUGUGAUUUAUCUGUGCUAAAGGUUGAAGAGGUAGAUGUUGCUGCUGUGUCAGGCACUGAAAAAUUUACAAGGUCUGCCAAGCUAACUGGUGCUUCAAAGGAGCUGGAGAAUCUCAGGAAUCUGAUUGUACAUGAACUUGUGACUUUACCUGCGGAUCACUGGAAGGAACAGCUACACUAUUUUACUCACUGUAGCCAGGCACCUGGCUGUGGGGAGCUUCUGUUUAGUACUGGCACCUGGAGCUUGGAGAUAAGGAAAUCAGGAAUUCGGACUCCAGCAGACUUUCCUCAUGCAAUAAGAAUAUGGUACAAAACCAAGCCAGAGGGAAGAUCUGUUACAUGGACUGCAGACCAGAGUGGCAGGCCAUGUGUUUAUACAAUGGGAUCACCAAUAAACAACAGAGCCCUCUUCCCAUGCCAAGAACCACCUGUUGCCUUGUCAACAUGGCAAGCCUCAGUCCGAGCAGCUUCAGGAUUUGUUGUGUUAAUGAGUGGUGAAAACUCAGCAGAACCAGUCCAGCUUCGAGAAGGUAUGUUGAGCUGGUACUACUAUGUGUCUAUGCCGAUGCCAGCAUCCACCUUCACCAUUGCUGUGGGGUGCUGGCAGGAAGUUAAACAGCAGUCCUUCAAACAAACAGCUGCUGAAACAAACACUGAGUUUUCCUUGCCAUCAUCACAAACUGAUUUCAGAUGGCAUGAAGAAAUCUGUGGUCAUGUGGAAUAUCCCUGCCGUUUCCAAAAUCCUGCUGCCAGGUUGCAGGCAGUAAUUCCUUACAGAGUCUUUGCUCCCUGGUGCCUUAUGGAAAGCUGUGAAGAAUAUUUGCUUCAGCUAAUUCCUCAGUGCCUCUCAGCUGCUUAUGCCACACUGGGUACCCAUCCCUUUUCCAGGCUUGAUGUUCUGAUAGUUCCUUCCAACUUUUCCAGCCUGGGAAUGGCUAGCCCACACAUCAUCUUUCUGUCACAAAGUGUACUGCCAGGAGGAAGCCAUCUCUGUGGAACACGUCUGUGCCAUGAAAUUGCUCAUGCUUGGUUUGGACUGGCCAUUGGUGCUCGUGAUUGGACGGAAGAGUGGAUAAGUGAAGGGUUUGCCACUUUUUUAGAAGAUAUAUUUUGGGCUAGGGCACAACAGCAGCUGUCACAUGAUGAAAUAAAAGGGCAACAGGAAUUGAAAGCUUUACUUCGCUGGCGCAGACUCAGAGAUGAGGUGCAAAACUCUGAAGAAGAGCUGCAAGUUCUAAGGCCCAAAAAGGAGAGCACAGGAGAAUUGAGUGAGUCUGGAGCCUCUGUUGUCAAAUAUGGUCUUAAAGCAGAAAAAAUCUUCAUGCAGGUUCACUAUUUGAAGGGUUAUUUUCUUUUACGAUCUCUGGCAAGGACAAUAGGAGAGGCCUCAUACCUUGCAUCUUUACGGAAAUUUGUCAUUAAGUUCCAUGGGCAGCUCGUCCUUUCUCAGGAUUUUCUUAGCAUGCUGUUGGAAGACAUUCCUCAACAAAAAAAGGCUGGAUUAACUGUAGAAAGUAUCUUCCAGAACUGGCUGGAUACUUCUGGAAUACCAAAGCCCCUGCUGGAGGAGGGAGAGACGUGGAAGGACUGUCAGCUCGUCCAGCAAGUGAGCGGCGAGGUCACAAAAUGGAUUCAGACAAACCGGAGGAUCAGAAAAAGCAGCAAAAAGAAAAUGAAGCAGGAUGAAGUUGUUUUCCAGCAGCUUCUCCCUGACCAGCUGGUCUUACUUCUGGAGUCCCUCUUGGAGGAGAAGACAUUGUGUCCCAGAAUAUUGCAGUGCUUGGAGAGAACAUACCAGCUCCGGGAGCAAGAUGCUGAGGUUCGUCACCGAUGGUGUGAACUUGUCAUUAAACACAAAUAUGAGCCUGGGUAUGGAGACAUCGAGAGAUUCCUCAGAGAGGAUCAGGCCAUGGGUGUGUAUCUCUACGGUGAAUUAAUGGUGAAUGAAGAUGCAAAACAACAAGAACUUGCACGGAAAUGCUUUGCUGCAGCACAAGAACAUAUGGAUGCAUCCUCAGCCAAAGUGGUGGCAGAGAUGUUAUUCUGAAAAGGUGUUAUUCAGUAUCCCCAGAAUAAACUUCUCCAUAACUUUAUCAGGCACUGGAGUGAGACUGAGAGACCUGUCGUUUCCUGGGUCCUCCUUCCUGCCCUUCUUGAAAAUCAGGACAAUAGUUUCCAGCUUCCAGUCACCUGCGACCUCUCUGGAUUCCCAAGACCACUCAGAAGAAACAUUUUGUGACUACAUAAGCCAGCUCUUGAAGGAUUCUUGGGUGAAUCCUAUCACGCCCCAUACAUUUUCAAGGAUCCAGCUGGAGCAGUAGAUCCUGCACAUUAAGCUUUUAACAGGCCCUAACAAAAGCCUAACAGAAAAAACCAACAAACAUUAUUGUUCAUUUUAUUCACAAUUUUCUCUCAAGGUGGGUGUUUCUGUAUUGAGUCACUGACAGAAGAAUGUUGCAGAAUCUAACUGUAGUAAAUAAAAGUCAACAACAACAAAAAAAAUCUAUUUCCAAACUUCCUGUAACUAAAUCAUUACAGGAAGUCAUGUCUUUCCAAACGACACCUCCAUCUAGGAGAUGCACCCAAUGGUCCAGUUCACUGUAUUCUAUGACUGUAUGUGGCUACAACAACACAGGCUUCUAUAUAGGUAUGCCCUUGCCCUUAGGUUUCAUUUACAUGUUUCAUAGGCAGCCCCCUCUGAAUAUAAUACAGCAUUUUGUAGGUUCUUUUUUUGCUCUUCCCAUCCCUAAUUCAGUCCUUUCCAAACAUAGCAGUAAUUUUAGUCUGAAUAGCAUUAGAAAGCCCAUUGCUGGAGAAUCUCCCACUUUCUUCACCAGGUCAACAUCUAGUUAGGAUCUUGGUGAUUCUUUUCAGGAUGUACCUUUUAGCUCUGAAAAUGAAUCUCAGAUGAAAAAUUAAAACUGUAUCCAUAUAGUUAGGCAAGGAUCAUCACCUACUUUCUUGUGCUGCUUACUUUUCAGAGCAAAGGCAGACCAUAACAAGGGGGUGGUCCUGCAGGUGGCCCCUCGGUGGGCAUGCAUUCAUUCCUUGCCAUACACUUUCUGUUGCAACUACAGAAUAAAACACACCCUUUUGCUGACAGCUGUUUUCUGUCUGCAGCUUUGCUGGGAGGUGUUUGCAGCUGCUGCUGUCUCUGUGAUUUCUCCUUUAGGAGGGAAUUAGCUGUACCCUAUUGUCCAUGCCUCACACAAAACAGGGAAGGAAAAAGAUCUUGAAACAAAGGUCUGAUCAGAUAUGCAGCCUGAGCACAUGGGCAGCUUGGGGAAACAAGGGGUAAGGAGCCCAAGGAUUUCUGACAUAUAAAAAGGACAUUAUCAAAAAAGUUACAUGGACCAUUAAAAUGUAUCAUGUGGAGCACUGCAGCCAGCCAGUUCAUCUCCACAGCUGAUCAAAGUCUUGGGAACUGGUAUUUGUACUACAGGAAAUUUUAAGUGUUGGUUUGCAGGCUCCUCUGUAUAGGGAGGUAUGUGGGAGGAAACCAUGGUGCUUUUGUAUGAAUCAACAAGCAGCUGAGUUAUCAUGAGCCAUUAUGUUCCAAAGGCUCUAUUAGUUUGGAGUUGAUUCUUUCCAUGCAGAAACUGGACUGUAAAUAUCUGGAAAAUCCACACCUUCCAGGCCCUGUGCUGCAGGAAAAGUGCCAGCUGGCACAUGUGCAUGCUGCAGCAGGUCUCACUUCCAGUACACAUGAUUUAAGAGAAGUAGUGUAUGAAAUAUCUAAGGCUAUUCAAACUCUCACCAGCAACUUAAUGGUAUUUUAUUUUGAAAAAACACUCACGUAAUAAUGUACUAAGGUAAGAGUAACAUGAAAAAAGCCCAUAUACUGAGCACAAAACCAUACUCUAAAUCACUGAAAACCCUAUUCAACAACUAAUUCUUAAUAUCUAAAAAGAAAAUAAAAUAAUUCAUCUUCUGGUCUUCUUCAUAAUGUAUCUUGUAGUCUUUUAAAGCUAUGAAAUAUCUACAUUUGUGCUGACUACACAGUUCCCAGUAUUCACAAGUCAUGUCUGAUGUCUUCUCUAACAGUCAAAGAUUUCACCAGACAUCUGAAUAGACUCAUUUCCCUUCUUGGCCUCAACUGCUGAUGCCCAGACUAGUCAGAAGAAAAAAAAUUGCAAGAAAGGACAAGGAAGCAACCAAAUAGAGGAGCCUGACUUAUCUAGAAUUUCACAAGCGUACUGAAUUUAGGCACAUAAACAAAAUGUAAAGUGAAAAUAUAUACUGAUAUGGCUAUGCUGGUUUGUUUCUUUGGACACAAUAUAUUGGAAAAUUUAUUUUAAAAUCUUAGCCAGCUUUUAGGCUGACAUUUUAUGUCAGUGCUUAUAUAGCAGUGCUUAAAGAAAUCAAGACAUUUGCACAGUCUUUGGGAGACUAACUCCAUUUGUCCAUUUGCUGUGAUUUAAACUAACUGCAUAUUUUCUGCACAAAAUUUAGAAUUCAAAUUAAGGUCCUGACUCCUGCUGCUUAUACCUGCUUUCCAGAAGAACAGCAGGCAAUUGCUCUGUUACCUGAAAGCAUGCAGAAAUUGCAGUUCUGUUAAAAAUUGCUGUUGCAUGAUCAUCAGAAAGCGGAACUUAGUUUUCAACUGACACCACUUCAGCUUAGCACAGUAACCCAAUAGUAAUGCCCACAGUACAACCUGAAAAACCCUGCAUUGCCCCCUUGCAGAGAUGGCAGCUCUGCUGUCUUCUCACAUGCCCCUGAGCAGCAGCUGGACCUUUUAGUUAAUGUAGCUUGCUCUAGUCAUCUGAAAACUGCCUCCUUCUCACAAUCCAGGCUUUUCCUCUGGGCUUGUUGGGACUGGUGUCUCAGCACUGGAGCUCUCUUCUGAAACUCAGUCUGAGACAUUUUAUUCAUGGGCCAAUUUUGGCUGCUUUGCCACUGGCAUCAACCCCAGCCAUCCUGACUGGAUCUAAACAGCCUAGUUUGAGAAGCUGGUGCUUGGCCCUAUAACAUUUUUAACUUCAUCUUUAAUCCUGAAAGGACAGUGCUCAUCAUCUACCACACAGAAAAAAACAUCCUUUCGUUUUUAACCUCAAGUCGUUUCUUCACAGGAACAUUGCCCCACUUUGUUCUCAUAUUUGGUAGUGAAAGUUACUUGCUCUACAGCUGUACCUCCUUACAGUCAACUCUUCCAGGUAAAAUAGAACUAAAAAUUAAAAUAUCUCAGCAACUGUCUUACUCCAGUCUGCAUCUGUCUCUUGGUGCGCCUGAAACUCACCUGUUUAACUGCCAAGCAUGACCAAUUAAAGAUUCAUUCAGAUUUAUUCAGUUUUACACCUGAAAAGUACUUUACUUUUUUUUUAUUGUUCCCUAACGUAGGGAACCACACUGCCCCUUAUCCCUACAGCCAUCUUUUUCCUCAUAAUAUGGCAAUAUUACCCUGCAAAACUGGCAUUAAUAUUUUGUAAUUGCCACCACUUGUGCUGAAACCCAUCAAGCCCUGUUUGCAUUAUAAUCUCCUGUUGCUUUUGACUAUACAUGAAGGCUUUUUAAUAAGCUUCCAGUUUUAGCUGAGGGAAAACAUUGUUCCUGUUUGAGUAUUAAAAAAAUGCAAUUAUAUGAUAUAAUUGCUGAACUUUUUUUUUUCCUUGUCAUGGUUUAACCCUAGCAGCCAAUCCCCAUGCAAAUGCUUGCUCACUCUCCCCUCAGCAGGAUCAGAGAGAGAACUGGAAAGAUAAAUGUGAGAAAACUCAGA